AUGGACAACUCCCAGGCGCAUAGCGAUAUGCUUCUGCGACAGCAGCAGUUGCUCAUCACUACGUGCAACUCGUUCAACCUCUUAUGUCAGUCGUUCCAGGACUUGAACGCUCAGGCUCUCGCUCAGCAACAGACCCAGUCGCCUUACGCCACUGCUCCUCAGCAUGGCCCUUCGGUUCCCGCCAACGCUCCUGCUGUCCAGCUGCCUGAGAUCAACACCUCCACUCCUGCUGCUUCUUCUGUUCAGUCGGCCGUGGUCGACAACUCUACUCCUGCUGCUUCUUUUGUUCAGCCGGCCGUGGUCAACAACUCCACCUCUGGCCCUGCCACUGCCGCCAUGAACCCUGAGCUCGUUACUGCUGUCGUCGGCUCGAACGUGAAGGCACAGAUCGAGUUUCGACCUUUCCCUAAGGCCGUCCCCCGCAUUACCCUUUCGCGCAGUCCCCGCUGCCAGGAGCUUUCCUUCUUUGAUAAACAAGCCCCCGUCGCCAACGAGCUUGUAACCGGCCAGGAGCAGUCGGACAAGGAAGACCUUGAGUCGUCGCUCGAACUGUAUCACGACAACUCGUCCCAUCCCUCGGUCAACCUUGAGGAUUCCGUACCCGAGAGUCGUCGCGUCAACAACAGUGUUAUCAGCCACUCGUCAGAAAAUGAUAAGCUGAAGGCUUUGCUCAAUUUUUGUCCUUUCAGCCUGACCUACUCCGGCAAGAAGUGCCCUCUGGGUGAGGAUUGUACCUUGAAGAAGAUCUGCCACGCUAACAGUAUUAGCCUGAGAGGUUGCACGCGUGAAGGAUGCGAAUUCUCUCAUGAGCACAUCGUUACCUGCGGCGGUCUCGCGAGAAAAGGCCAUUGCAAGUACUUGGAGGGAAAGGGAUGCCGCUUAAACCACGACCAAGAGUUGCGCACUACAGUCAGAGACCUCAUCCCUGAUCAUGUGGAGAACCGCAUCUUUGGUGCAAAGAAGCAGGUCGUUGAAGAGGCCGUCACCCAGCACGACGGCAAUACUGACGAGGUUGAGCAACCCGUCACCCAGCACAACUCUGAUGAGGUCGAGCAAAAAGUCACCAAGCAUGGCUUUGAUGAGGCUGAGCAGACCGUCGCCCAGGACAACUCCGAUGAGGUCGAAGAGAUCGUCGCUCAGGACGAGAGCUCAGGUGAGGAUGACUUUUCUGUCACUUUCUACAUGAUUGGUUGA